AUGAAGAACCGCCGCAGUUCCAAGAAAAGGGGGGGGAAGAAGAACAACAAGAAGAAUCCAACACAGAAUCUAAAACAGAACCACGGCGCUGUUGCGGCAGCUUCCCCUCCCUUGACCUGUGAUAUCAAUGCGGCCAUCAAUAAUGAACACUCUUGUCGUCAUGGAGGGACGAAAUUUGAUAACGUCUCUACGAAGAUAUGUCUCAAGUAUCUAUCGUAUGACGGCGAAUGGGAUUGGGAAGAUUUGUCUCGAGCCAUCGUCGAAGCGAAUCCAGCCGAGGACUUUGUCGCUAAUCUGUAUGGGUUUGCAGCUUCCCAAUGCCAGAUCUGUGAACUUUAUACCGUUGAUCAGCAAUUGGCGUCUAUAGGGGCAGCCAGAUCCGGAUCCAAGACUGUAAGCCCCAAUUGUUUUACCAAGUUCGUGAAGGCAGCCAUUUUCUUUGAGAAAGGUCGCCCUUACAAUGCUGGACUUACAUCGCAAAAACAUUUUCUUGAACUCAUGGGUGAUGAGGUGGAAACGGAGAAAUAUCUCCGUAUGAAUUGGUGUUGCACCAAGCACUGUGGAAGCAUGCGCGAUGUGGUCCUGUAUGUAGACAAAAAAAUCCCCUGUGAUUGCUUGAAAGACAUGAAAAAGAAACUGCUUGAGGAACCAGAAGUCCGGCGUUGCUCCAAUUGUGGCAAGGGGGAAACAAAAACAAUGUGGUGCCCCAACUGCGAGUGUUCCGAGUACUGCUCCAAAGACUGUCAGCUGGCUCACUGGUCAAUCCACCAAUUUCACUGCCCAAUCUUCCAACGAAAACUUUCUAUUCUCGAUGCUGCCAAGGAAUCGGCCCAGGUUUGGUGCAAGAAGCGGGACACUUGA